AAUCUUGGAACCGCUGCCCGUGCCCAUCGUGCACAUGGCGUCCAUUUCUUAUUGGUCCAGUGUGUUCUCAAGUGUGGUGUAUACCAUACUUUGGGGCCAACUUCGGCCUCUUUGAACUACGGAUUUGAACGUUUCCAUGGUCACCAGGUAUAGUUGAAGUGGGUACAUUUUACCCUUUCACAUUCAAAGUAGGUUCCAAGAACCCUAACAUUAUUCUUGAAAGUUCUAGUGUGAAGCCAGCAUUUAUGGUCUUGGUACUAACCAGGAAGUAGACAAAACAACAUGUUAUUUUUUCCUCAAACUGCGGUUCGUUUUUUUUUAGCAAAAGCGCUACGCUGUGAGUUAGUUCCAAACAAUUGAAUGCCGACUACUGGACGUUUCUCUUGCUGAUUUGAUCUGCCCGAAAGGAACGCUAUUGUUAUCCACUUAACAGCGGAAAACUUUGAUCUUGGAAAAGCAUAUCGUAAACAACAAAGCCGGCAAGUUCUUAGGAUAUUACUUUGGCACCGUUAUGAGGCUUCAAAUAGGUUGGAAGUAUCAUGGCAACACUGGAAUACAUAUACCGGAAAGAGAAGUCGCCGCGGAUUCCGUGUAA